GGGAAGGGGCGGAUAAUGUCCAGUGUUGUUGAAUGUGCCACAACUCAGUUGAUACGUAAUGUGGUGGAUGCAAAUAGUUUCGCCAUAAUUAAAUUAAACUUCGUUACUUUUUGAAGGGACUUGAUUUCAAUCAUGUCUGUGAAUUCUGUCCAUUGGUUUCGUAAAGGUUUGAGACUGCAUGAUAAUCCAGCGUUGCAAGACGCAUUGGACGGUGCUGAGACAGUGCGUUGUGUUUAUAUUUUGGACCCUUGUUUUGCUGGUUCUGCUAAUGUUGGACUCAAUCGAUGGCGAUUUCUACUGGAAGCCUUGGAGGACCUGGACACAAGCCUGCGGAAACUAAAUUUGAGGCUAUUCGUAGUACGAGGCCAGCCCACAGAUGUCUUUCCAAGACUUUUCAAGGAGUGGAAUGUCACCCGGUUGACCUUCGAGUACGAUUCAGAGCCCUAUGGGACGGAGCGCGACGCCACCAUCCUGAAGAUGGCGCAGGACUUUGGCGUGGAGACCCGCGUCAGAAAUUCCCACACACUCUACAAACUGGCCAGGAUCAUUGAGAUGAACAAGGACAUGCCCCCACUGACCUUCAAGCGCUUCCAGGCCAUCGUCCAGCGGCUGGAGCUGCCCAAGAAGCCCCUCCCCACUGUCACCCGGCAACAGAUGGACUGCUGCCAGACAGGCGUCGAGGCCAAUCACGAUGAGCGUUACGGAGUGCCCUCCCUCGAUGAACUAGGUUUUAAGACUCACAGUUUGGGUCCUGCUGUGUGGAGGGGCGGGGAGACUGAGGCACUGGAGAGACUGAACAAUCAUAUGGACAAAAAGGGCUGGAUGGCGAACUUGGAGCGCCCAAGAAUCAGUGUGUCUUCCCUGAUGGCCAGUCCCACAGGCCUGAGUCCCUACCUACGUUUUGGAUGCCUCUCCUGCAGAACCCUCUACUACAGACUCCGAGAGCUCUACAUGAUGGCACGUAAGCACUGCACGCCGCCGCUCUCUCUCUUCGCCCAGCUGCUGUGGCGGGAGUUCUUCUAUACGGCUGCUACCAACAAUCCCAAGUUCGACCGCAUGGAGGGAAACCCUGUCUGCCUGCAGAUCCCCUGGGACAACAACCCUGAGGCGCUGGCCAAGUGGGCCGAGGGGCAGACGGGCUUCCCCUGGAUCGACGCCAUCAUGACCCAGCUGAGGCAGGAGGGCUGGAUCCACCACCUGGCCAGACACGCUGUAGCCUGCUUCCUCACCAGGGGGGACCUGUGGAUGAGCUGGGAGAGUGGUAUGAAGGUGUUUGAGGAGCUGCUCCUGGAUGCAGACUGGAGUGUGAACGCAGGCAGCUGGAUGUGGCUCUCCUGCAGCUCCUUCUUCCAGCAGUUUUUCCACUGCUACUGUCCUGUAGGCUUCGGCCGGAGGACUGACCCCAGCGGAGACUACAUUAGGAGGUAUAUACCCAAGCUGAAGGACUACCCUAACCGGUACAUCCACGAGCCCUGGACGGCCCCAGACUCGGUGCAGAAGGCCACUAACUGUGUGGUGGGGGUGGACUACCCCAGACCCAUGCUCAACCAUGCACAGAGGAGCUGCCUCAACAUAGAGAGGAUGAAACAGGUCUACAACACGCUGUCCAACUACAAGGGCCUCAGUUUACUUGGCUCCGUCUCAACAAUCCAGGAGGAAGUGGAGUCGGCAGUAAUGACUGACAGCUCACAGACCCACGUCAGCGGAUCUCUGACCGGGGCCCUUGUGGUUCCAGACUGGUCCUCUAACUCCGGACACCAAGACCGGACGCCAGCGGGACCCUCGCCCCCGAGGAAGAGGGGCCACAGCCCCAACCUGCUGGAGUUAACAGAGUGGGGCACCGAGGCCAAGGUCCAUUGCUGCAGCUCAGCCCUUGUGGGGAGCUCCGACAGCUCCCAACAAUAACAGACUGUUGAUGCACCUGGACUCAACGCUGAUUGGAGGGAGAGCCCUCCACACACAGCCCUGCGUCAUUCCCUGUUUCACCUCGUCCACGGGUCCAUCGACUGUCAGUAGCCGCCAUCAAAACCUGCAGAAACAACCCAGGCAGCGAAACAAACCUCAGUUGGUAGUUAGAUCUACAGUAAUGGUAGAACGAUGCCCACCACCAAUACCAUAUCAACCUGUCACCAAGGCUUCGUGCUAUAUAGGCUGUUGAUCAAGCUGUUUCUCUCAGUAGAACGAUGCCCACCAAUACCAUAUCAACCUGUCACCAAGGCUUCAGUGCUAUAUAGGCUGUUGAUCAAGCUGUUUCUCUCAGUACAUGCUGACUUUUUCCUGCUGUGUUUUAUUUAGACAAUCAGUAGCCGUUUUUAUAUUGAUAAGAGUGUGAUCAGUUCAGUCUCGUGUGUGUGUGUGUGUGUGUGUGUGUGUGUGUGUGUGGUUAUAUUCUGUAGUGGUAUGGUUUGGGGCUAGGGGAAGCCUCACCCUGCAGCUGUGUAUCUUUGACACAGCUUAUGAAGGGAAUCCUAAUGGGUAAUAUGUGACACCCCUGUCGCGUGCCUCAGUUUGCACUUAGAGUAUUUGACUCACUUCCUCGUUUGUCAAAAUAACGUCUCACAAAGUUAUAUUUUGGCGGUGAACUGUCACUUUAAGUCUGCAUAAAGCACUUUAUUACAUGUUCCAUUACCACUACUUGUUGAAAACAGACUUGUUGGUGUGAGUAUCUGUGGCAGGGUGUGAGUAUCUGUGGCAGGGUGUGAGUAUCUGUGGCAGGGUGUGAGUAUCUGUGGCAGCGUGUGAGUAUCUGUGGCAGCGUGUGAGUAUCUGUGCUGACUCAGCACAGAGUUUUCUGUACACCAUGAAGCAGUGUGGACCAGUAGCAAAGACCUUUUUAACACUUUUGUACCGACCCAAACUGCUGGCUCUGAGCACAUUGUCCUUUUCAGCAUGCUCCCAUCAAAUCUGGUGCGUUCAUGACCAGGCCAGUACAGCUUGGUUGGUCUCGGUCCAGUUCGGGUCAGUAGUGUGAAAAGCCUGUAACAGUGCUGUUGAUCCCAGUCCCAUGUAGAGGUCAUCUGCUAUUGUGCCUGCAGUAUAGGGUCAAAUGUAAACCAUAUUAAUCUGUGUUUUACUAACUACACAGUUCAAUUGAUCUACAAGUUCUAUCAAUAAGUUCUGAUGUGAAAUUAUUUGUUGAUUGAUCUGUCAAAUAGCACAAGGGAUUGUGCCGAGUAUAGCAAUUAAUUGUUGAAUCAUAUCAAUGGAUCAUCACAGAGACAUGUAUAGAGAUUAUUAUAUAUAUUUUCUAUAAUAAACUGUAUCUUUAAUGUCUCUGGUUCCAUCAUUGCUUCAACGCUAAAGAGUCACUGUGCUUGCAUGACUCGUGAGUCAAAACUAAUCUCAUGAGUCUGUUUCAGCAGUCUGUGCUGGACCCGUCAAUGUGUUGUCGUCCGAUGUAACCCCAAGUCACUCUGUCAUGUAUUUACCUUUCUUCUACUAACCCUCAUGGCUACUCAUUUUAUCUUUCUUUUGUAAAAUGGAUGUAUUCUAAAUCAAUUUGUUCUUUUACUUAA